AUGAAACUGUCAAGUAUUUCAAUGGCUUGUUUGGCAACAAUCUAAACACGAAAACUAAGUUUUUAUUUAACUUUUUCAUUGAUUUAUUACAUAAAAAUGUCUGAAACUAAACAAGAAGUAAAAACUGAUGAUACAGAGAAUACGGCUGUUGAAACUAAACCAGUUGACGAUAAACAAGUUAAAAUAAACAAUAUGUUGAAAGAUAGACUGAGGAAAUAUAUCAAGAAAUUAGAUGACACAGGCACAAGCAUAACAAAAGAAGAAAGCAUUAAACUCGAAGUAGAAACAUUCCAGCAACUCUACAAACCGACUCUUGCCGGAGAGAAGGACUCAUACAAGAACAUACCGAAGUUCUACUUCAAGUUACCGAGACCUGACGAUAUGUUGGCACAGAAGUUACGAGAAGAAACCAGAGCUCAGUUCUUACAGAAAAAGAGUAAAGAGUUGUUGGAUAACAGCGAGUUGAAACAUCUCUGGAGCUUGUUAGAGAAGAGUAAUGGGAAUUAUACGGCAGCGAGUAACGAUGAGCUGAUUAUUGACUACUUUCAGUUUAAGAAGAUAAGGGAUGAGGCUGGGCCUAAGUAUAAGCCAUAUUUCACUGCGGAGGUAUUCGGUCGUCUCCAAGCGGCUGAAGGCGGUGUUGGGCGAGUGCGUGCCGUCUCGCUCUUCAACUACGUCAUGCGUCGGGUUUGGCUGCAGCAGACCAGGAUCGGACUAUCGCUGUAUGACGUCACAGGGCAAGGGUAUCUUACUGAGCAUGAUCUAGAAAGCUACAUAGCGGAGCUAGUGCCAUCCCUCGCAGCUCUAGACGGUCUAGACUCAUCCUUCAGUUCGUUCUAUGUGUGCACUGCAGUCAGGAAGUUCUUAUUCUUCUUGGAUCCACUAAGAGUGGGCAGAGUGAGGAUACGAGAUGUGCUGUCCUGCUCGUUCCUUGAUGAUUUGUUAGAGCUUCGCGAAGAAGACCUUCCGAUGGAACUUCAGGAGCAGAACUGGUUCAGCGCGGCGUCUGCUCUGAGAGUGUACGGACAAUACCUCAACUUAGACAGGGACCAUAAUGGAAUGCUCAGUAUUAAUGAGCUGGCUGGCUACGGCUCUGGCACCCUGACCCGCGCCUUCCUGCAGCGUGUGUUCCAGCAAUGCCUGACCUAUGAGGGGGAGAUGGACUACAAGACGUACCUGGACCUGGUCCUAGCGCUGGAGAACAGGAAGCAGCCGGCAGCCCUCGCGUACCUAUUCAGAGUGCUGGAUAUUAACUCUGUAGGGUAUCUCGACGCGUUCACUUUGAAUUAUUUCUUUAAGGCAAUACAAGAACAAAUGAUAGCCCACGGCGCGGAACCGGUCAACUUCGACGACGUUAAAGACGAGAUCUUCGACAUGAUCCGUCCGGAACAUCCGGCCCGGAUCACGUUGCAGGACCUGAUCCGGUCCGGACACGGGCACACGGCCGUGUCCAUACUGUUAGAGCUGCACGGCUUCUGGGCGUACGAGAAUAGAGAGGCGCUAGCGGCGGCCGGGGACCAUGCCUGACACACGUACACGUUUACUGAAGACCGGUUUAAGAUUUGAUGGUGAUUUGGGUCUUCAUUCGGUGUUCAACUGGUUGAAAAUGUGAUAAUGAGAUGAACUAUUUUUGUAAAAUUGUAUUUAGGAUUAACUGACAUGUUUUGUAAGAACGGUUUUUAAGAGGGUGAAUGAAAGUGGGUCGUUCAAUCGUUCAAAUAUCGAUUGGGAUCCUUUUAAAUUAAUAGUUUACGAAAUAUAAAGAACUUGAUAGGAUUCUUAUGGACAACUUUUAUAUUGAAAAUUAUUAAGAUAUCAAUUACGAAUUGCCUUUACUUAAAAAAAGUGGUAUAAAAGCAUUCGAAAUUUCACAAACUUUGUGUGUUCUCCAAAUGAAUUGUACAUAUCUAGUAUAUUUGGAAAUUAUAAAUGAAUGAUUGUGGUAAUAACCGUAAUAUGAGGUACCCUACACGGAUAUGAUACUUAAUAUUACGAAAAAUAAAGGACUCUGUUGUGCAAUAGUGUGUUAAGUACAUAGGAUUUCCAUAGCACUUAACACAUUAUUGCAUAACAGUGUCAGAAUAAUGUUAGUUGAAUAUUGUUAAUAUUGUAGAAUAUUGUUAUUCUAGAUUAUUUGUUAAUUUAGCGUUGUAUAAAUUGUUAGUGUUGACGCUUCUUAUAUGCAAGUCAAAAGAUAUAUUAAGGAAUUUAUAUCUUAAGACUUUGAACUGACAUAUAAUUAUCUA